GGGAGAGAGAGAGUGUGUGUGUUUCAGGCGCAGUCAGCACUAAACUCCUCCACUGUCUUGACUCGCGGACGGGACGCAGAGAGAGUGUGUUUGUGUGUGAAUGUGUGUGUGCGCGGUGCGCCAUGAGUGUGUGAGGUGAGAUCCAGCAUGCAGAUGAAGAGCAGAAACUCCGGCGCGGCAGGAGAAGGCUCAGCGGCCGGGCAGGAGCAGAUGAAGCCGGUAGAGCAGGCGGAACGGGAGACGCUGAUGAUGGAGCUCUCGCGGCGGGUGCAGGAGACCGUCAGACACAGCAGCUGGUGGGAGAGGAGAGGCAUCGACUGCACCAUCCUCACUGCAGCCUUCAUCAGCCUGCCUGCUGGCUUUCUGCUGUUGUCUUCAUCGGAGCCGCUGUGUUUUCUGCUGGGUCUGCUGAUCAUGGGCUUCGCUCACGCUGCCAUCACUGUGAAAGGGACUCAUCUGGCCAGUCACGGGGCCCUCAGUGAGUCUCCGGCCUGGACGGACUUCUGGGCCAUCUUCUUCAUUGAGGUGUGUGGGUCGUUCUCUGCACGGGCCGGUGUUCAGGCUCAUGUGAAGAUGCACCACGCUCACACUAAUGUCAUUGGUCUGGGAGACUCCAGCACCUGGAAAAUACCCUUCCUGCCACGAUCCAUCUACCUGUUCAUUGCGCCACUUGCCGUCCCCAUCAUCACUCCUAUUGUCGCAUUUGGCCAGCUGAAGGGUCAGUCUGUGUUCCAGAUCGUACGGACCGUCGCGUGUGUGUGUGUUGGUUUUUUCUCUCAGUAUUACCUGCUCAGGAGUGUAUCUGGACUGUCGUGGAGCUCGGCUCUGAUCGUCAUGCAUUUGUGUCGAGCAAUGUUCUCCCUACCCUACAUACAUGUCAAUAUAUUUCAGCACAUUGGUCUGCCCAUGUUUUCUGCCACUAGUCGCCCCAAACGCAUCUAUCAGAUGACACAUGGCGUCCUGAAUCUACCCCGAAACCCACUGCUGGACUGGACCUUCGGACACUCGCUCAUCAACUGCCACGUGGAGCAUCACCUUUUCCCAUUCCUGUCCGACAACAUGUGCCUGAAGGUGAAGCCCAUCGUGUGUGAGUAUCUGCAGGAGAAGAAGCUGCCGUAUCAGGAGGACGCUUACCUGUCCCGCCUGCGGUACUUCUUCAACAACUAUCAGCAGCUCAUGGUGUUUGCUCCGCCAAUCACUGAACUGGUGGGAGUGCAGUGAGGAUGAGGAUGAAGGAGAAGAAAAACCUAGCUUCCAAUUGGCUAAAUGACAUUAUUGAAUGUAAAGAUCACUGCCUUAUACAGUGGCGUGAAAAAGUGUUUGCCCCCUUUUACUGAUUACUUAUUUUUUCACACUUCACCCAUUAAUGUUUCAGAUGAUCAAACACACUUAAAUAUUAGUCAAAGUAAACACAUCAUGCAGGUUUACAUGAAGAUUUUUAUUAUUAACGAAAAACAAAAGCAAGAAGGUCGCUGGUUCGGGUCCCGGCUGGGUCAGUUGGCGUUUCUGUGUGGAGUUUGCAUGUUCUCCUCAUGUUGGUGUGGGUUUCCUCCGGGUGCUCUGGUUUCCCCCACAGUCCAAACACAUGCGCUAUAGGGGAAUUGAUUAACUAAACUGGCCGUAGUGUAUGAGUGUGUGUAUGGGUGUUUCCCAGUACUGGGUUGCAGCUGGAAGGGCAUCAGCUGUGUAAAGUAUAUGCUGGAAUAGUUGGUGGUUCAUUCUGCUGUGGCGACUCCUCUGAUAAACAAGGGAUUAAGCCAAAGGUAAAUUAAUAAAUGAACGAAAAUACAUGCAAGAAAAUAAGAAAUUACUAAGGGGGCAAACAAUUAUUCACACCACUGUAUGCGCUGACCUCAGAUCAGUGAUCUGUGACCUCACUGCAGCUCUCGUCUUAUACGAGUUCUGACCUGAGAUCAGCUUUCUGUCUGAAUGCUAAAAAGAGGAAUUCAGUGCUUUAGCUUUGUUACAGAGUUCAGUGAGUUGCAGGAAGCGUUUAAUUCAACAUCUUACCUAAAAUAAAUAUUCAUAAAGAUUCAAAACAAUGCAUGCCAUUGGCCAGCUAAUAGAGUAUGUACUCAGAAAAUUAAUUAACGCUCUGACAAGUCUAUCUCAGAGUUAUGAGAAGACGGUCUUGAUGUUAUUAUGAAUAUUGAGGAUUUGUUCAAAACUUUUCUGUCUGGUUGCAUUAAGUCAGUUAAAACAUGGCCAGCUAACAGCUCUACUAGUGGUAAUCUAAUUUUAUUAGAUUAAAGUCACUUAAUCUACCUUUUAAUUGCUGAAUUGGGUAGCCUAUUAUGCACAGCAAACGUUUUAUAAGUGUUUCAUAAGCCACUGAUAAACAUCCGGUGAAAGGUUUAUGUGACUUUUUAUUUUCAUAAGGUUCAUUUUACAGCAUCAACGUUAUAAUAUAGUUAAAAAUAUAUAUUCAUUUAAAUAGACUUUCAUUCAUGUAGUUGUUCAAGUGUAAAAUUAGAUGAAAGACACACGUUUAUACACAAGCGUUGUCAAUAGCAGCAGGCGAGCGCUGAAACUCCAUUGAAAAUCCUGUGGUAAUACACACUCACCUGCCACUUUAUUAUCACUUAAUACACGUGUCCAACUGCUCGUUAACGCAAAUUUGUAAUCAGCCAAUCACAUGGCAGCAGCUCAAUGCAUUUAGGCAUGUAGACAUGGUCAAGAUGAUCUGCUGCAGUUCAAAGCGAGCAUCAGAAUGGGGAAGAAAGGGGAUUUAAGAGACUUUGAACGUGACAUGGUUGUAGGUGCCAGACGGGCUGCUCUGAGUAUUUCAGAAACUGCUGAUCUACUGGGAUUUUCACGCACAACCAUCUCUAGGAUUUACAGAGAAUGGUCCAAUAAAAAGAAAAUAUCCAGUGAGCGGCAGUUCUGUGGGCGCAAAUGCCUUGUUGAUGCCAGAGGUCAGAGGAGAAUGGCCAGACUGGUUUCAGCUGAUAGAAAGGCAACAGUAACUCAAAUAAGCACUCGUUAUAACCGAGGUCUGCAGAAGAGCAUCUCUGAACACACAACACGUCCAACCUUGAGGCGGAUGGGCUACAGCAGCAGAUGACCACACCGGGUGCCACUCCUGUGAGCUGAGAACAGGAAACUGAGGCUACAAUUCACACAGGCUCACCAAAACUGGACAAUAGAAGAUUGGAGAAAUGUUGCCUGGUCUGAUGGGUCUCCAUUUCUGCUGCCACAUUUGGAUGGUCGGGUCAGAAUUUGGCAUCAACAGCAUGAAAGCAUGGAUCCAUCCUGCCUUGUAUCAGCGGUUCAGGCUGCUGGUGGUGGUGUAAUGGUGUGGGGGAGAUUUUCUUGGCACACUUUGGGUCCAUUAGUACCAAUUGAGCAUCGUGUCAACGCCACAGCCUACCUGAGUAUUGUUACUGACCAUGUCCAUCCCUUUAUGACCACAGUGUCUCCAUCUUCUGAUGGCUACUUCCAGCAGGAUAACGCACCAUGUCGUAAAGCGUGAUUCAUCUCAGACUGGUUUCUUGGUCAUGACAAUGAGUUCACUGUACCCAAAUGGCCUCCACAGUCACCAGAGCUCAAUCCAAUGGGAUGUGGUAGAAGGGGAGAUUCGCAUCAUGGAUGUGCAGCCAACAAAUCUGCAGCAACUGCAUGAUGCUAUGGUGUCAAUAUGAAUAUAAUAAUUUCCAGCAUCUUGUUGAAUCUAUGCCUCGAAGGAUUGAGGCAGUUCUAAAGGCAAAAGUGGGUUCAACCCAGUACUAGUAAAGUGUACCUAAUAAAUUGGCCACAGAACAAUUAAAUUUAAUGGAGUGCUUCUUGUCUAGUCUGAGACUCACUUUAUUUCGUUUACCAGCAAGGCAGUGAAGAUCAUUGAAACUACGUGGCGAAUUUGUAACGGCGUGACCUUCACAGGAAGCGCUUGACCGACUGAAAAUUAAAAAUCUUUAGGAAAAAACAUUAUAUGGCUAACUUUUUUAGCGCUUCUGGCCACUGCUCUGUGAUAUAGUCUUGCAAAAAUAGAUUAUGCAUCAAUCAUAUGCCCUUUUGAUUUACUAAAACCUUUGAUGCAAAUAAAUGUUUGCAGAAUGUUUUUAUUAAUAUCUUUAAAAAUGCAAAGAGCAUUCACAAAGAGCAUUUCUUUUUAUAGCAUGAGAACAUUAGCAAAAUAUCGCUGGAUGUUUUCUCAGUAGCCUAAAUGUUCAAUAAAUAAUUAUGCUGCUUUUUAAAAUAUUGGCCAAAUGAAAGUGUAUUGAAGGUGACGCACUUCUCAAUGCUGUCUAGGUAGGGAGCUUGAUCGGUAGACCUAGAUGAAAGCCUGUGGAGACAGGAAGACUGAUUUCUUUAUUAAUUACAGUUGUAGAUGGACAUUUACAUUUGCUAACAACAGUCCUGUAAUCUGAGAACAAUAUUAAAAUGUAGCACAAGGUAGAGAUGCGUGCACAACUGUAAUGAAUAUGUUUAAGGUGCAGUAACAUGGCCUAAUUAAUCAUAUUCACAGUAUUGCACUUGUAAUUAUGCACUGAUUGAUUGUUUUUCAGCUUUUUAACCAAAAUCCUUCACAUUUGAUUUGCUUUUACUGAAUGCACGUGAAUGUUACUGCAAUGUGUGUGUGCGUGCGUGCGUGCGUGCGUGUGUGUGUGUGUUUGAGAGACUGUGUUUAUUCUCUUUCAGCUGAUUGAACAUUAGCACUGAUUUUUACUGACCAAAUAAACUGAAGUAAACACUCAA